GCACACGAUGUCACGAAUCAGCUCUGGUCCACGGCCCCAUCGCAUAUGCACCCUUCGACCCCGGCCGUAGACACAUGCGAUGCACCUGCAGGCAGGCGGCGCCGCGCACCUCCACCUCCAGUAUUUCAUGCCCCAGCACCAACCGCAGGAACCAGCCACCGACCUAGAGGCGCAGGAGUCGUCGGCCGUGUGCAGGCGCAGCUCGUCCACUUCGCCGCCGCCGCCGCCUACUACCAUGUGGGAGUAUCACCAGGCGGCGCAUGCGGCGGCCUUGCAGACGACCUCGUCGCCGGCGUCUUCUUUCCCUUCCUGGAGCCCCUACGCCGGGACUACGGCGGCGCUCCUCGGCGCCAGCUCGGCCUUUAUUUCCACCGACGCCGCCGGCGCCGACUCGUCGUCGCCCGGCAUGCGCCUUCUGCCAGCGGGGGAGCACGGCGGCGGCCAUGCAUACGGCGAACAAAGCAACAUCACAUGCUACAAGGAGAACUUCCUCGACCUGCUCGCGUCGAAGAACGUGACACAGGAGAUGUUCGACGACGUCCCCGCCGGUCACUACACCGCGCAGGCGCUGCUGUCAGGAAGGUUCGCGGCAGGCUCUGAUGUUGCACCGCCGGUCAAGUACGAGGUCACCGGCGGCUCGCCGCUGUUCUUCGGGAGUGCUGCAGCAACUGGUGGUAUGCACCAGCAGGGGAUGGACAUGGCCGCGGGUUGCACGACGCCGCGGUACACCUACGGCGCCGACCACCAUCAGAUGAAGGAAGGCGGUGACCAGCAGCAAGAGCUUGCGUCCCCGGCCAUGGCUUCCUUUCUUCAGCAGCUGAGUUCAAACGCUGCUGCUGGUGGUGGUGUUGGCAUGCAUGCUGCUAGCAUGGACUACUCAGGCACAGGAGGAGGACUCGACAGGAUUUGCCAUGAGAGUCGGGCAUUGGAAGCUAGCCCUUUCGGCAUGAGGAGCUUGCCGGAUCUCAGCUCUUUUGGUGGCUACAGAAGAUCAACGACCGCAGAAUCGACAUCGUCGGCGCAGCCAUACCUGCAGAGAUCCAGCAGUCUCGCUGAAAGCAGUAGGCAACAAGAGCCGGAUAUUGUGUCGGCAAGGAGCAGCAGCAGUGGCAGUGGAGCAGCGAGCGAGCGAAAGAAGCGGGCGUCCGAGGAAAGGACGAGCACCGUGAAGAAGUCCAAGCAAGAGGGCUCUAAACCAUCUCCUCCCAAGCAGCAACAAGUGCCUAAAGUGAAGAUCGGAGAGAAGAUCACAGCAUUGCAACAGAUCGUUUCGCCAUUUGGGAAGACUGAUACAGCGUCAGUGCUGUUUGAAACGAUCAAGUACAUCAAGUUCCUGCAUGAACAAGUACAGCUACUCAGCGAGCCGUACACGAACUCGAGCAGGAGCAAGGUACAGUACAGGGUAAUAACCACUUCCCAUGGGGAGAUCAUCGUGCUGCUGCAGAGACGAGCAAGCAGGGAGAUGAGGCAGAGCACGACCUGAGUGACAGAGGACUCUGCCUGGUCCCUGUCUCGUGGACCCCGCAAGUCUACCGGGACGGGACUGCCAUGGACUACUGGACGCCGGCGUACAGGGGCUGCCUGUACCGAUGAGAUGACAACUCCCUCGUCUGACUAGUUGCUCAAACAUUCCUUACUGUCAGUGUCUGGUCUGCCUCUGCCUCCAAGUUGCACAGGACGGCAGCGCAGUUGAUCUGCUUAACUAUGUUGCAUGUGGUCCCUAGCUAGUUUGUAGUGCUGGUUUGUAUUAUUGUUUCAUUUGCAGUGUCGUGUUUGCUGAUUUGUGCUAGCUAAUGAGUACUGAAGGAAUUAUCUUGAUAAAACCACCUUUAGCCUCUCAUAUCUGUAACGUACGAGAUGCUGCACCACAGCAUAAGAAUGUGUUUGCCUGUUUAAAUGAGCUGCUAGUGAUUAUUACAGAACUUA